AUCAGCGGUUGCUCCCUGUACCUUUUCCUCAAUAAUUGCAAGGUGCAAGUGGGGUCUCGUACAAAUUCUCGAACUCUAAAAAAAUAGGCGAAGAGAGAAGACAGGCCAGCCAAAAUAUAUGUGGGAUUCAGACAGUGCAAAGUAUUCUCAACUAAAAGCUAAUUGAACUAGCUUUUUUCCAGAACGAAAUCGGCAGUCUGAUCCCAAGACAGAAACAUAAGGCAUUUUAGACAAUCUUUAUCGUUUCAAUUAUCAAGAUUUCGAGCUUGAAGGCCUGGAGCCUUGUGCAGUCUGUUAGGUAAGGCUUUUAAAGAAUGCUAAAAGAUGGCAAUGGCGUCUUAUGUAAAACUGAUUCUAGGCUCAAUUGCCUUUGCAAUCUUCUGGGUACUGGCAGUUUUUCCUGCUGUUCCAUGUCUACCCAUCGGGAGGACUGCAGGUUCCCUUUUAGGAGGUAUGCUGAUGGUCAUUUUUCAAGUCCUAACUGUUGAUCAAGCAUAUGAAGCAAUCGAUCUUUCAAUCCUUGGUCUACUCUUUGGUACAAUGGUUGUCAGUGGAUAUCUUGAAAGUGCAGAUGCAUUUAAGUACUUAGGUAAGUUGCUCACAUGGAAGAGUAAAGGCGCAAAGGACUUAAUUUGCAGAAUCUGCUUAAUUUCUGCCAUUUCAAGUGCUUUCUUCACCAAUGACACAUCUUGUAUGGUUUUGACUGAAUUUGUGUUGAAAAUUGCAAGGCAGAAGAAUCUCCCACCUCAACCUUUCUUACUUGCCCUUGCCUCAAGUGCUAAUAUUGGAUCUACAGCAACUCCUAUUGGCAACCCCCAAAACUUGGUUAUAGCCACACAGAGUGGGAUUUCUUUUGGGGAAUUCUUAACCGGAAUUCUUCCUGCGACUAUACUAGGAUCUAUUGUCAAUGCUCUAUUACUUAUAUGCAUGUAUUGGAAUUUGUUAUCUGUUAAGAUAGAUGAAGAAGAUUCAGCUGCACAAUUUCUUACUGGGGAUGGUGUAAGUUCUCACCAUUUUUCACCAGCCACAAUGUCACGUUUGGCAUCAUCAAGCUCUCAAGGACGACUCCCUGGAUUGGAAAUUACAAAUGUGCUAACCUCCCCCCAUGUGAAUGGCAGUGUGAACUUGGCUUAUCAUGACACUCUUAGAAACCGUGUAAAUUCAGACCAGGGUGAGACUGAGAUUCAUGGCUUCCUGAAUGGUCCCUGGGAGUCAAGGAAUUCAAAUUGUUCAGAAAGAUGGAAAGGGAAGCUGUGGAAAUCCUGUGUUUAUCUAGUUGUUGUAGGAAUGUUGAUCUCUUUGCUUAUGGGUCUUAAUAUGUCAGGGACUGCAAUUUCUGCUGCACUUGCUCUCAUGAUUCUUGAUUUUAAGGAUGCUGUGCCAUGCCUGGAGAAGGUAUCCUACUCUCUUCUAAUUUUCUUCUGCGGGAUGUUUGUCACAGUCCAAGGUUUUAAUAAAACUGGAAUCCCAAGCGCUCUAUGGGAGUUAAUGGAGCCCUAUGCAAAGAUUGAUCAAGUCAGUGGAAUGGCAGUCCUUGCACUUGUCAUUCUUGUCCUGUCAAAUCUGGUCUCAAAUGUGCCCACUGUUCUCUUGCUUGGGGCAAGGAUGGCAGCAUCAGCAGCAUUGAUUUCAACAGCCUUUGAGAAGAAAGCAUGGCUAAUUUUAUCUUGGGUCAGUACUGUGGCAGGGAACCUCUCAUUAUUGGGAUCUGCUGCCAACUUGAUAGUGUGUGAGCAGGCCUGCCGUGUUCCAAAUCUGGGGUACACUUUAACCUUUUGGAGCCAUCUCAAAUUUGGAGUCCCCUCAACUCUUUUAGUCACUGCCAUUGGCUUGAUACUGAUAAAAUCAUAGCAACAACAACACUCAUAUCACAGAGCAUUUCAGGGUAUGAUUAUUCUUUAUUGAUGCAUAAAAGAACAUGGGUGUAUUUUCUCCUCAAAUCAAUGAUUAGAGGACAAAUUGUUGUGGUCGGCUUGGGAAAUUCCAGCUUGAUUAUGUAUGGACUCUGGCCUGGUUCACCUGAUCUUCGUGGCUAUCCAAACUGAUCUGGACUUGGCUGGGCCUGGCCACAAAAUGGGACCCAAGAAGUGACCCUGGCUGGUCCCAAAAGUUCAAAAGUCAUUGACCCCUUUACCAGAAAUUUGAGGAAGCGGGGGGAGUGUAAAGGGGUAAAGACAAAAGAUUUGUGGGUUUUUCUGCAUGGACCAAUUCAUUCCAGUCCAUCUCUUUGGACUU